GCUCCUUCAAGUUCGGGUGUUGAGGCCGAGACCGCACAGCAUUGGCCCAGCAGCCUCAGAAUACCCAGACAAGUUGCCUAUGUCAGUGUUGACGACCAGUGAGCACACGUAGUAUAGUAGUCGACGUGGUGACGUGAGACUAUUCAAACCGUGCAAAUGGUGGUGGAGCGGUGGGUGGCGUCGCCCAUUUUCCUCUGGGACGAGCCAGAUCACGACCAUAUCUUCAUUCCCCUGCCGCCUUCCUGGUUACCUGACAGGGCACUGACAACAUAUGUUGAAUUUGGGAUUUGAAAAGGUUCCAGGGCUGACUUCCAUUUCCCUAUCACUUGUCCUACCUGUAGCGGUAUUUUUGGCAGAAAUCGUCGCCUUCACAGUGUUGAGGGCGAAAUUCAAAACCAUAUAUGAACCACGGACGUUCAUUCCGCCUCUCUCGAAACGUGCGCCACCUCUCCCGCCUGCAAUCUACAACUUGGAUCCUGACGACAUUCGGCGUCAGAAUGGCCUAGAUGCCUAUGUCUUCGUGCACUUUUUGAGAAUGAUGGUCAAGAUGCUCCUCCCCAUCUGGUUCCUCAGUUGGACGAUUCUUUUACCUAUCAAUUCUGUUCGGCACGAAGGCCUGACUGGACUCGAUCGAUUCACCUUCGGAAAUAUAUCUAGAACUGACCAGUCUCGUUAUGCUGCUCACUUGACACUCGCGUACGUCUUCACGUUUUGGAUACUAUACGUCCUCAAGAAGGAAAUGAGGCACUUCAUCACCGUACGUCAACGGCACUUGAUUGAUCCUGGGCAUCGGGCCACUCCCCAAGCUAAAACCAUGUUGAUGACCGGUGUCCCCCCAAGUAUCUCCACCCGCUUGCUAUCCGAAGUGUGUUCUCUCUUCUUCCUGGGGGGGUGGACAAACUGGAGAGGAAGAGGAGGAAGGGGCUCGCUAAAAGGGGGACGAGUGUCGCCGAUCAAUCCCCUACGGCGGGUGGGGCCUCUGCACUUUCUCCAGGCAGUCCAAAAGAUGCAGAGAAACAGCCCCUCUCUCUGGCUGAGCGUUUCGUACCUGCCAAUAAACACCGCGUCGCAACCGAAUGGCCUCCGAAAUGCCACUCGACCAUCCACUGAAAUGUACCCGCGUCUCAAUAGUGCCUUUGUGCUCUUCAACGAACAGAUCGCAGCUCAUAUAGCUUCUCAGGCACUCGUUCAUCAUGAGCCUUAUCGAAUGGCUGCGAAGUACACGGAAGUGGCCCCCAAGGAUGUCAUCUGGAGUAAUCUGAAUAUGAACCCCUACGAGGCGAAGAUUCGGACCGGCAUCAGCUAUACGGCUACCGCUGGGUUGAUCCUACUCUGGGCUUUUCCGGUAGCGUUCAUUGGGGCUGUGUCGAUGUGCAUUCGUUUGCUCGCUCAAUUUGAGGGUAUACCCCGCCGAACUGGGCUUGAGUUAUCCCUUAUGACACGUUUCUUUACAUUCCAAGUGAUUCACUCCUUCCUGAUUGUGACACUCUCGGCUGGUCUUGUCCAGUCUUUGGCACCCCUUGCGAAGAAUCUCGGUUCCGCUCCAACUCUACUUGCGAAUAACCUUCCCGGGGCAUCCACUUUUUUCUUGACAUAUAUUUUGCUGCAACUUUCCGGUAUAGCCGGAGGUCUCCUUCAACUGGUUCCCCUAAUCAUUUACUACGUUAAACUCUUCCUUCUUGGAAGCACACCACGAUCAGUCUACGCGAUCACGCAUACACUUCAAGACGUUCAAUGGGGGACACUCUUUCCCUCAGUAUCGCUCAUCGUGGUAAUAACGGUGGCAUACUCCGUCAUCUCACCACUCAUCAAUGGUCUCGCAUGUGCAAUCUUCUUCCUGCUGUACCAGACGUGGAAAUACCUGUUCUUGUAUGUGCUGGAUCAGCCUCCUUCGACUGAUACGGGCGGAUUGUUCUUCCCGAAGGCUAUCACGCAUGUCUUUGUCGGGUUGUAUGUGGAGCAGAUCUGCCUUGCUGCUUUGUUCUUCUUGACGCAGGAUGCGCGCAGUCAUCCAAGCGCUGUACCCGAGGGCUGGUUUCAUAUCAUUCUCCUGGAUUCAUAUGCACCGUUAUUUAAGGCCCUGCCGCUUACGCUCGCAGCAGACCGUUCGCACCAAGAUGAAGUCAACGCUAGAACGAGUGUUGAUCCUUCAGUCUCUGACUCCGAGGACCGAGCGGAGGACGAAAGCAGAUAUUG